UUGGAGGAAUUAUUUCAGAAUUUAAACCGUAAAGCGCUUCAAAAGAAAACAGACAAAUUUGCCAGUAGUGUUAACCUGAGCUUUAUUAGACACCUUUUUUUUUUUUCCUGCUGUGCACUUUUAAACGCAAGUGGGUGUUUGUGGAGUGAGAGAAGAGUGAGAGAGAUGGAUGUGAGUGAGGUGAGUCACCUGGGCGGCUUGUUGUCCCGCAGUGUCCAGCCUCAGGAGCAGAGAUGGGGAGCUCCUGCAGUGUUUAUGUCCAGCAAACGCAAACGCAGUGAUGUGAGCAGCAUGAACGGAGGUGGAGAAGGAGAGAACAGGGGGGCUGCAGCUUCACUCCCCACCCAAACACCAGCCAGGAAGCACAAUGGUUUUGUCAUGAUUGACGGUCACAGAGGGGUUUAUUACUCUGAGAGCUGGAAGCCGAAUGGGAGCACACUGUACCUGCCUGUGAGAGGAAGCGUGCUGGCCAAUAUGGACAAAUACGACCAGAUCAGCUUUGAGCAGGGCUGCUUCUGCAUUGGCGACGAGACAGGGAGGUUCCAGCAGAAAGCUCAAGGUCAGGCUAUCAACUGCUGGAGGUACAGCGAGCAGGACAGGAAACUUUUCGUCUCACUUUCGUACUUCUUCACAAACUGUCAAGUAUUCCAGGAGGUGCUGAGUUCUCUUGAAUGUCUGUGAGAAAGAUGGAUGGCAGAGUAAAACUCAGCACAGCAAAACCAAACUGCACCGAAGAUUACAGCUGCACUUUGCCACUCCAUAGACUACCAUUCAUGAAAUCUGGGUAAAGGCCUAUUUGAACAUAUUAGUAUGUUAGUAUUUGUAUGUAGACACAGCAGUUUCAUGCUGCUGAAUACAGCCAUAUUUGUACAAGCUGUGCAGAUAGGAGCUUCAUCGUGUGAAAAGAGACUUCAUAGCAAACUUACAGCAUUGCAUAACAUUCAAAGUCAGGGCUGAGUUUUGAAAUUUAACACUUUUAUGCCACUUCAGUAAUGAAAAAGUCCCUUGGUACCAAUUUCAAAUUUUUUCAGUAAUUUUAGUGGCCAACAAGCUUGCUUGUUCCAGAAUCUGGCUUUUUGAUUGGCUUUCUUAAGUACAUUCCCUAUGUGUGCUUUUAAUUUCAAUACUUCUUGUUAGCCUGCAGGCCAUUAUGAUCAGUACAUAUACCCACAAACACCCACCCUCAUUUCUGGUUUAAGGGCAAACCCACUUGUUUUUUUAAAAUUGCUGAAUGAUAAAAAUGUUUGAUGAGGUGUGAAACGCUCAGUUCUGUGAGAAACUAGAGUCAGAAUUGUUCACAGUGGUGGUGAUAGAAACCAGAUGUCCGCCUCUAAAAGCUCCCUUGCAGAAAAAAUUUGAGCAGGUUUUAGCCAAAAGCAUAUUUUAAAAUUCCAUUUAUGGCUGAAAACAUUCCCCAAAUAAUAUAUUAAUAUUUUAAGAUUUUCCACUAGUUUACCAUCAUUAACAUUCCAUGUAAAACUCUGAAGACACAUGUAGGUUCACUGGUGGUUUUGGAUAGUAAAUAAAAUGUCUAUAUUUGUGUUGUAGUCAUUGUGACCCCUGGUUACCACCACUGUAAAGGAAUAAGGACCAUUUCACAUCAAACCGCUCUGAAUCACAAUGUUUACAACUCAAACACAUUAUUAAUGCAUUUUGAAAUGGUUGAAUUUACCUUUAAAUCCCCCCACAUACGGUUAGUCUGUGUAUGUGUAUUAAAAAGACCUAAAGGUCCUAUUAAUUAUUCUUAUGUGUCAAACAGUUGCAUAUGAAUAAAACACAAUUUCUGUCUUUCAGUUUGCUUCUUUUGGCUUGAAUUGAGUUAACAUGACACAUUUUAUUAAUGUGCAGCUGUUUCACACAUUUGAAUCAUGCAAAUGCCUAAUCAGUAAGUAUAUUUAGCUAACACCACGUGCAUAGUGUAGGAUUUUCCGCAGUAUCUCGCAGCUGUGCAUAAACUGAUUUGUGGUGCCUUUAUUUGUCCAGCUUUAGAAUGCAUUGCAGCCUGAUCCUUCACUGCUACAUCUGUUAGUAAAUCCAUGGUGGCUGUAUCCAGUCUCUCUCAGCCAGGUCACGCUCGCAGAUGCCCCUCCAUAUCCUCCUCCCUGCUGUUUGCUUGGGAGCUGGAGAGUUUGUGCCAGAGCUUUUCAGCUCGAGCUUUGAAGACUCUUUGUGCUGCAUGUUUGCUCUGGUGCACCUGAUGCACCUGAUUUAGCUUAUCAGGUGAUUCUAAAUCUAUUUAUGAGGUGAGCCUGGUACGAUUGAUGAAGAGGAAAGAUGUGUAGUGCGGAGAAGCAUGGGGUUUGAGUUUUUCCUGUAGGUAGAUUGGGUAUAUAAUGUGUUAUGUUUCUGUUACGUCAUAUGUUUUGUUCGUGCCUUGUAAACAUGGCUUUAAAGGGGAACACCUGAUAGUUAAGAUGUAAACUGUCAUUCAGAGUGGUUUGGUGUGAAAUGCUCUGUCAGAAACUUAGCGAAUCAGGGUAGCUCACAAUGGUGGUGAUAGGGACUAGAUGUCUGAAGCUUUUAUAAGCACCCCUCACCGUAAGUUAUUACAGAAGGUGGCUGUAAAUAUACCUGCUUGAUAUGUCUGAGACCUUGUUUAAUGAUAGUUUUGGCAAAUGUUUUAAAAGCACAUACACGGUGAAGUGUUGAAUGAAGGGCAUUGGGAGGAAAAAUAGUCUCCACUAAAACCUGAUUUUUACGAUUUUUCACUGUUUUACCCUAAAGUUAGCCUAAAAUGGAGUAUUUAUUGAGUACAUUCAUGGUUGAACAUUCCAUAUAUAACUCACAAGACACAAAUAGGUUUACUGGUAGUUUUGGAUAGUAAAUAAAAUAUUUUUUGUCUAUAUUUGUGUUGUAGUCAUGGCGACCCUUGGUUCCUAUCACCACCAUUGUGAAGAAUUCUGAACCAUUUCACACCAAACCGCUCUGAAUUAAUCUGCUUACCUACACACUGAAUUCUGUAGCACUUUGGACACAUCGUUCAAAUUGGUGUUCACUUUCAACAAGCAAGCGAUUUUGCUGUUUGAGACAGAUUUAUCUAAGGGUGCAGCCAUAUAGGAAUUGCAGGCCAAUGCGAUUUUCUAGCUUUUUUUCCAGUGCUUACCAAUGCAAGUCAUUAUUCUUAUAAACAUUUCGAAAAUGUAGCUCUACUUGAAUUAGCAUAACAGAAGGAUGUAACAUUUAUUAAUAGGGGGUUAAAAAUGCAGUGAAAUUGUUAAAAUGCGGAUAUUAUAGCAUUCAGAUUUUCAGGAAUGCAAUAAAGACCAUACUGUGCAAAAGCCUGAGGCACCUAAGCACAUUAUUUAAAGCCAUUUAGUUUGGUAGUAAGUGCAUUUUUGCCUUUGAAAACACCAUAUGUCAUUAUAAUGGAUGUAAACAAGCAUAAAUACUGUAAAAGAUAACACGAAGGUCAUAUUUUGAAAAAUACUGAUGACUUGUGAGGUAGUUUGAAGAACAAAGUUAGGUUCCAGAUUUCUCCUGGAUGUGCCCAGCUAUCACACAGAUGUGUUUAAUCACCUGAACAUUUGUUCAUGUGAUUUAUUUUUUUUUUGUGUUGUGCACAUCUAUCCA